UUUAGUAAUCCCACGACGUGUAUAUCUUACGAUGAAAUUUGAGGCGCCCCCUACUUCCUGUAACCAUCGAAACAUUUUCGCAAAAUCUUUCUAUUUGUGAAACUAGAAGUUAUUCUUUGGAUAUCAUUAUUUUUAUUGUAAAAAACACUUCAUUGCCAUCACCAUGUAUUUGCACUAGAAGUUUAGAGAAUAGAAAAGCAGAGAAAUCCUUGCAACUGGUUCACUGUGAAAGUAUUUCAACAACAAAUGAGGAAUGGGUCAGACAUUAUCAGAACCAGUUACCACAAAGGAGACAUCAUGCUGCCAGAACAAUCAAGUGAAAGUUGGUGUUUCAUGCAUGCAGGGAUGGAGAAUAAAUAUGGAGGAUGCUCACUGUCAGCUGUUGUCAUUACCUGGAGACAAAGAUGCCAUGUUUUUUGCAGUAUUUGAUGGGCACGGAGAAGACCAACAAACAAAUCCCAAAGAUGUGAAAAACACUCGUGGAGCAAAGGUGGCACAGUAUGCUAGCAAUAAUCUUUACAAGAAAAUUAUUAUGCAACCAGGUUAUGCACAAAACCGUAUUGCAGAGGCUCUCAAGGGAGGAUUCCUACAGUUGGAUCAUGAUAUGACCCAAGAUGAAACAAUGAAAGAUGAACUGGCAGGGACUACAGCUAUUUCAGUGCUCAUAAAAAACAAGAGAUUAUAUUGUGCGAAUGUAGGAGAUUCUAGAGCUGUAGCUAGUGUAAGGGGUCGUGCUGAUGUACUGUCACAUGAUCAUAAACCCGGUAACGAGGCAGAGACAAGGAGAAUCAUUGCUGCUGGUGGCUGGGUCGAAUUUAACAGAGUUAAUGGUAACCUGGCUUUAUCAAGAGCCUUAGGUGAUUUUGUCUUUAAGAAAAAUGAUAAAAAGGGACCAGAUGAACAAAUAGUGACAGCUUACCCCGAUGUACAAGAGAGGGCAUUGACAAAUGAUUAUGAAUUCAUAGUACUUGCAUGUGAUGGUAUAUGGGAUGUAUUAACCAAUCAAGAAGUUAUUGACUUUAUAAGAGCAAGAAUAGCCCAUAGAAUGGAACCAGAAACUAUUUGUGAAGAACUGAUGGCACGAUGUUUAGCACCAGACUGUCAGAUGGGAGGCCUGGGGUGCGACAACAUGACUGUGUGUAUAGUUUGUUUACUACACGAUCGAGCAUAUGAGGACUUGAUUCGUCGGUGCUCACAGCCCAGUAUAGGUGGGCCUGUACCACACCUCAGUAAUUAUAACAUGGAUCUAAAAUAGCUAACUCUCCAAUCUUUACAAGUCUGUUCUCCGUGCUCUGCGAUUGUAUAACAAAGAUGGGCUCUUUGUAAAUAUAACAACAGGAUGUGUGAUAAUAUUUUAGAUUUUUUCCGGCAGUUACAUGUAUAUACACAUGAACAGAAAUUGGACAACAAAUUUUAUAGAUGGAUUAAUAACGUUCUUGAUCCAAGAAAGAUGAAAGAAAUCCUUCAAGUCAUAAUAUUUAGUGUUAAAAAUGUUGUUUGUUACAGUGUGUAUUACAGAAUUAUUUCUGUUACUGUUAACUUUGCUAUGGUUUGAGGCAUAUAUUUUUAUCAAAGCUAUUUAUGUUCUUAUAUUUUUACUGUUAUUUAAUACACAAAUGCUCUAUGCAGUUAAAUGCUGGGGAUAUACGGGGACAUAAGGGGAAAUAGUAAAAAUUAAACUAGUCUUAACUAAUUCAUUCAAACGUUCUAAGAAAUUAAUCAAGAAGAGACAAAUAUGAAAGGAUUCCAUGUUUCUGUAUGUAUUUUUUAUUAUUUCAGACUAUUGCACAGCAUACAGGUAAUUAACUGAAUAAAUUGUUGAUAUAUUGACAGUGUACUCUAAUGUUAUAAAUAUUUUAAUAUGUAAGAUUUUAUUGUUGAUUGUUUUUUGUUGUUGAGCCAUGGACUAAGUCUCAAUAAUACAUUGUGACUGUUAAAAUUUAUUGUUAUAAUAUUUUUAACAUAUUGGAUAGAUUGUGUAAUAAAAUUUCAUAUACUAUAUGUACAUUUUUGUAUUUCAUCGUUUCAUAGUGAAACUUUUGUAUUGUUUUUAUCUUGAAAGGUAUUAAGAUAUAAAAUUUUCAUUAUGAAAUAUAAGAAAAUAUGUAAAUAAGUUUAGUUAUCUGUCUCAGUGUGUGUUAGAGUGAAGUGUUGGAUUUUAUUUAAGUUGAUUUAUUUUUUAGGUGUGAGUUGAAAUUUUGUUAUACAUGUAAUUAAUUGGCGAUGAAAAGAAAAAAAUACUUCUUUAUAGGUUCUGCAUAUACAUGUUUUCUCAUUUUGUAACGGACAAGAUAAUGGUUGGGUAAUUUUUUAUUUUUUUUUAUUGAAUAACAAAGGUCAUUUAAGGGUUAAUGAUAAUCUAGUGUAUUUUAUGACCAUCAAGCAAUUAAGAGAGAUUGGCAGUUUAGUCUUUACUGGUGUCACCUCAUAAAACACUGGUACCAGUUAUUACAGGAAGUUCAUUCUGUAGAGGUUAAAGUUCACACUAUAGAGGUUAAAGUUCACUCUGUAGAGGUUAAAGUUCACACUAUAGAGGUUAAAGUUCACACUAUAGAGGUUAAAGUUCACACUAUAGAGGUUAAAGUUCACACUAUAGAGGUUAAAGUUCACACUAUAGAGGUUAAAGUUCACUCUGUAGAGGUUAAAGUUCACACUAUAGAGGUUAAAGUUCACACUAUAGAGGUUAAAGUUCACACUAUAGAGGUUGAAGUUCACACUAUAGAGGUUAAAGUUCACACUAUAGAGGUUAAAGUUCACACUAUAGAGGUUGAAGUUCACUCUAUAGAGGUUAAAGUUCACACUAUAGAGGUUGAAGUUCACUCUAUAGAGGUUAAAGUUCAUUGCGUAGAUGUUGAAAUUCACUCUGUAAAGGUUGAAAUUCACUAUAAGAUUAAAUUUUAUUCUGUAGAGAUAAAAGUUCACUCAGUUGAGGUUAAAAUUCACUCAGUAGAGGUUAAAGUUCACUCUGUAGAGGUUAAAGUUAGCACUGUAGAGGUUAAAGUUAGCACAAAGCUUUCAUCUCAAGAUAAAGUUAAUUGGUUCAAACUUCAUUUAUCAGUGUUGUUUAAAAAUCGUUGACAUACCUGUGAAACAAAGUGAGUUUGCUUUUUUAAAUGUUCAAAUGUAUAUAUAACAGAGAAAGAUGAUUAAAUAGUAAGAAAUUCCGAGGCCAGUCUGUUAUUCGGUGGUAUUGUGUGCAAGAUGUCUAUAUGACUGUAUCCUUUCAUGGUUUAAACAAGUGUACUGCAUUUUAUAAAACUAUUGAUUUUGUGUAGUAUAUUGCUUAAAUUUUCUUUUUAGGUGUAGAAAUGUUUUGAAAGAAAUGGCACAUUUUUUUGCAUCAAUUUUUUU